UAGCGCCCUCUAUCUACAUCAAAAAGUCAUUGCAAGUAAACGAACAACAUGGAAGCGAAAAUUCUGUCGAAAUUUCUGCAAUAUGUAAUCGUUAUUCUGACGGUUGUGAGCGUGUGUGUCUCUCGAAAACACGAGUUGAAUCUUACAGAUGAUUCCAGGAAAAUCGUUGACGUCAGCACAUUUGGAUUCUUCAAGAACAGUCUACUAGUCGUCAACGUAUCUGCGUUAGUUGUCAAGGAUCCAAAGCAUGAACGUCAAAGUAUUGGAUUCACGCUGGAUAAAUCAAUCAGUGAUGGAGGAGCCUCUUACUUGGAGGAACAUGCAAAGAAUCAGUGCAUCUUGAAGAACACACAAGACGCUACGGAAAAUGAUUCCAUCUCUGUUGUCUUCUUCACGUUCAACUUCACCAGUCGUAGGCUGAACAUCAAUCGGAAAGGGCGGAGUUUGAGACACCUUCACAUCUUUCCAAUGAGCGAACAGCCAGACUGCAAGAAAGAAAUGCAGGGAGAAAAUCCGUCGAGACGGAGAAGAGACACGGCAAUCGCCUCGCCGCCAGCUUCACAACAGUCUAAGAUGAAGCAAGAGUCCACAUCAGCCAUGCCAACUAACGCAUCACAGUCUCCAGUCAACCAGAGCUCUCAAGCCCCUCCCUUACCAUUGUACAACUACAUACCAAUACAAGGGGAUAAACAUGUCUUCAAUGCUAGUUUCUUUGUGUGUCUGAUGACGGACUCAGAGGAAGGACUAUAUAAUCUGUUUUUCCACAACUGCAACAAAUCAGAACUCGGUCUAACUAUUGAUGUUACCGAGAUGAACGCUCAAGGCAACUACCUAUCAGCCGGUGAUAUUCCGCUCCCAAUGCUCUUCAUCAUGACGUCCUUUGUGUACUUCACCUCUUCGUGUUAUUGGUUCAUCUAUCUACGUCAACACAAGGACGAUGUGUUCAAGAUUCAUUACCUCAUGUUCCUGCUGGCUGUGCUCAAGACUCUGUCGCUCAUGUUUCAUGCGAUGGACUAUCAUUUCAUAUCCCUGGAUGGAUCACCAAUGGAAGCCUUUGCCAUUCUCUUCUACAUCACUUACCUGAUUAAAGGAGCCUUGUUGUUCCUGAACAUUGCCCUGAUCGGUUCUGGGUGGGCCUUCGUUAAGCCAAUCCUGUCAGAGAAAGACAAGAAACUCUUCAUCAUUGUCAUCCCACUACAGGUGUUUGCUAACGUAGCUUACAUCAUCACGGACACAUCAGAAGAGGGAGAAUCACAGUAUGCAACAUGGAAGGCUGUUUUCGUCUUGGUCGAUAUCUUGUGCUGCGGCGCCAUUCUCUACCCUGUCAUCUGGUCUAUAAGACAUCUACAGGAGGCGGCCACAACGGAUGGCAAAGCGGCCAUAAGUCUGUCCAAGUUGAAGCUCUUCCGACAUUUUUACAUACUGGUUGUGUGCUAUAUUUACUUCACUCGCAUCAUAGUGUAUCUAUUGAAGGUCACUGUACCCUUUCGCUACAUGUGGCUGGAUGAAUUCUUCUUUGAGAUUGCCACUUACUGCUUCUUCGUCAUCACCGCUUACAAGUUCCGUCCCGGAUCGGACAAUCCUUACUUGCAAAUUCCCAGCGAUGACGAAGACGACAUGGACAUGGAUGAAGUAGUAACAGAGAACGGCAUGACAGAAGGACUGACCAAGAUACAUACUUCCAGCACGUCAACCACCAAGGCAGUACAAAGAGAAGGAAACUACACUGCCUCAGCAUGAUCAGACAAGAACCAGACGAGCAACAGCUCAAUCACAAUGCAUAGAUCUUGAGCUAAGUAUUAUAUAUUGGAACAUAAACACCUCUUGCCGUCAAUUGACCCUUACUGCGUGUUGGUCAAACAGUGUGCAUUGACCAAUCCGAUCACGGCUUUUGGUCAGGUGACCACGCUAUCUUGGACAAACUGUCACAAGCACUGAGAAAAGGACAUAAACCAAAGGUGCGCAGACUUAGUGGCCAAUCAUGUUGAGUUAUGUUGAACAGCAUGGCUCAGAAUUGAGUUAAAGGUCUAGUAGAUCAUUUGCAGCUUUCCAAA